AUGCCCAAGAGCAGCGUCACGCAGCUCGACUUCGACAACGACCUGGACAUCGACCAGGACGCCGAGCCGCUCGGCCACGGCGGCUUCGGCACCGUGUACAAGGGCAAGUGGAGCGCGAAGGACGUGGCCGUCAAGAAGCUGCACGCCGCCAAACUCACCAAGAAGGAGCGCAAGAUGUUCGUCCGCGAAACGCUCAUCCUCGGUAUGCUCGGCGACCACCCCAACAUCGUGCAGCUCUACGGCUACACGCUCAACCCCGUGAGCCUCGUCAUGGAGUACGUGCCCAAGGGCAGUCUCAGCUACCUGCUGCACUACUGCGAGGACCCGCGCACCGAGGCCAAGAUGACGGACGGCCGCGUCAAGCUCAACAUCCUGCUGGCCAUCGCCUACGGCAUGGCGCAGCUGCACGAGUGCAACGUCACGCAUGGCGACCUGAAGCCGCAGAAUGUGCUGGUCACCGACGACUUCCACGCCAAGAUUGCUGACUUCGGGCUCGCCACGUUCCGUGCCAAGGCGGCCAGCACCACGUCGUCGCAUAUGCUCGGCGGUGCCAGCAGCGACGGCGACGACGACGUCGACUACGAGGGCAUCACCGGAGGUACCGCGGCGUACAUGGCCCCGGAGCUGCUCAGCUCGAGCGUGAUCGCCAACGAGAAGACGGACGUGUACUCGUUCGGCGUGCUGAUGAACGAGGUGCUGCACGAAGAGGAGCCGUACCAGCAGAACCUCCGCCAGUUCGUGGGCAAGGGUCCGUUCGCUGCAGUUCUGUUCGCGAAGGAGGGGAACCGCCCGCAGGUUCGCGACAAGAAGGUUACGCCCGCGUUGAAGCGAAUCAUCGAGCGCUGCUGGAGCCAGCGGCCCGAGGAUCGUCCAACUUUCGACAAAAUCUCCAAGCUGCUCCCCAUCUGCAGCGUGCCACACGCGUGCUAA